AUGAGAAAGCCGUGUAGAUCUGACCCUUCUCCAAAGCAUUCAGACGCUAACAAUUGGAAAGGCCUACUUGAUCCUCUUGAUGAAAACCUAAGAAGAGAAAUUGUUAAAUAUGGAGAGUUUGCACAGGCGACUUAUGAUGCUUUUCUCUCUAAUCCGAGUUCCACCUCUUAUGCUAACUGUGUCACUAAUGAUCUCCAUUCAUUUUUUGAUACAGUGGGGCUUAAGAAAACUGGCUACAAUGUCACCAAAUACCUUUAUGCAACCCCUACCGUCCAAAUGCCAGAUUGGCUUGAAGAAAUACUACCAAAAUCAUUGAAACCCAGCAGGCAAUCAUCAAACUGCAUGAGAUUUGUUGCUGUGAGUGAUGAUAUGCAAGAAAUCAAAAGAUUGGGCCGAAGAGAUAUAGUCAUUGCACGGAGGGGCACCAUGAUUCCUUCUGAAUGGGCUGAAAAUCUUAAGACAGAUCUUAAAACAUUAAAUCUCAUGCCCUCACAAGCUGCUUCUGGUUUAACUUAUGGAGGCCUUCAUUCAAAGAUUGAAAAUGGAUUUCUAAGCCUCUAUACCAACUCUUCCAAGGCUGAUGAUAAUGAUAAUGAUAAUACAAAUACAAGAAAAAUAACUAGCAGCGCAUCUGAGCAGGUUAUGAAAGAGGUCCAACGAUUGGUGGAAUUAUACAAGGGCGAGGAAUUGAGUAUUACUAUUACAGGUCACAGCAUAGGAGCCUCCUUCGGACUCUUGAGUGCUUACCAAAUUGGAGAAACAUUAUUAGCAACCAAUAAUUUAGGUGCUAAGCAUAAUAUACCUGUGACAGUAUUUUCAUUUGGAGGGCCCAAAGUUGGAAACCUUGACUUUAAGGAGAGAAUGGAGGAGAUAGGUGUGAAAACUUUGAGAACAGUGAAUACCCAUGAUCUGAUACCUAAAAUUCCUGGCAUAGUUUUGAAUGAAUGGGUGCACAGAAAGCUUUUUAAUGGAGUGAAAGGGAAGAUAUACAGUCAUGUGGGUAAUGAGUUGAUGAUUAAUCACUUGAAUUCUCCUUAUCUUAAACACAAUGUUGAUGAGUUGCAGCCACAAUUUGGAGGCCCAUUUGCAUUUGGUGGAUGGUUUUCGGAGCUCGGCUGUUCCAUUUCGUUCUAA